UCUGUUUCUUUUUGUCCAGGAGCAAUGGCGCAAAACCAGAAGCCGAAUUACAUCAUCAAUGAAUCCAUGAAAUAAAAUUUCCUAAAUUGCCCUCGCCAUUGGGGCACACACUUCCGAAUCAGCACCCAGUCAUCAGCCCCGCAAACCACCAAAUCCAUUUCUCUGAUUCAGCGAAUCAUUUAUUAUUAUUAUUAUUAAUUGAAUUAUUGGCAGGAAUUGUCGAAAAAUCUUGUCACUCAUCCACCGAAUCACAAUCAGAUUAUAAACCUAAUAUAUUUGUAUGCUAAAGUCUGUAUUCAUAUGUAGCAGCCCUUCAAUCAAAACCCCACUCAGAGUUUCUCCAUUUUCAGGUCAGAGGAAGGGUUUGAAUAAGUGUGUUAUCAGUUAUGGCACCUCCUCCGAUUCUGGCUUUAGCGCUGCCUUCGGAAACGGGUCGGGUUCUAAGUAUUCAGUCUCACACAGUUCAGGGAUACGUGGGCAACAAAUCGGCCAUCUUUCCUCUACAAUUACUCGGGUAUGAUGUGGACCCGAUUAAUUCAGUUCAGUUCUCGAACCACACAGGGUACCCUACUUUUAAGGGCCAGGUUUUGAAUGGAGACCAACUUUGGGAACUGAUUGAGGGCCUCGAAGCUAAUAAUUUAUUGUUCUAUACACAUCUACUUACAGGUUACAUUGGCUCCGUUUCCUUUUUGAACACUGUUCUAAAAGUUGUCGAUAAGCUUAGAUCUAUCAACCCCGGACUUACAUAUGUUUGCGAUCCAGUGUUGGGCGACGAAGGAAAACUCUAUGUCCCUCGGGAAUUGGUAUCUGUAUACCGUGAGAAGGUUUUACCUGUUGCUUCUAUGUUGACUCCAAAUCAAUUCGAGGCCGAAUUGUUAACGGGUCUCAGGAUUGUAUCGGAGCAAGACGGGAGAGAAGCUUGCAACACUCUUCAUUCUGCCGGACCAUCAAAAGUUGUUAUUACGAGCAUAAAUAUAGAUGGCGAUCUUCUUCUACUUGGCAGCCAUCAUAAAGACAAGGGUCAACCUCCUGUGCAGUUCCGGAUUUCAAUCCCCAAAAUUCCUGCAUAUUUCACGGGAACAGGGGAUCUUACGACCGCACUUCUGCUUGGAUGGAGCAAUAAAUAUCCCGACAACCUCGGCAAAGCAGCAGAGUUGUCUGUAUCAAGCUUGCAGGCACUUCUGGUUAGGACAAUAAAUGAUUAUACAAGGGCUGGACAUGAUUGCCGGUCGAGCAGUUUGGAGAUUCGUUUGAUUCAAAGUCAAGAUAAUAUUCGAAACCCUGAAAUCAAAUACAGGGCCGAGAUGUACGACUAAGAUCGUUCCGUUUCCGAGCCAUCAAAUACAUUCAAUAGAGAUGUUAAAUACAUUAUUACAUAGAAGAAAAAAAAAAAAAAAAGAUUGUCUUUUAUCCUGAAUUUCUCAUUUAUUUUCAUAUUUAAAACGUAUGGAGCCUUUUCUGUUACCUGAUUAUGAAAAAUUGUAGAUCGAUGUA